AUGCGUAUCUCCACGCUCGCGGCGCUGACCGCACUCCUCGCCGCCGCCCCUGGCGUUGAUGCGCAGCAUACAAGCAACUGGGCCGUUCUCGUCGGCACCUCGCGCUUCUGGUUCAACUACCGACAUCUCUCCAAUGUUCUCUCCAUAUAUCGCACCGUGAAACGUUUAGGCAUUCCCGACUCCCAAAUCAUUCUCAUGCUUCCGGAUGACAUGGCCUGCAACCCUAGAAACGCCUUCCCCGGAACCGUGUAUAGUAACUCCGAUCGAGCCGUGGACUUGUAUGGGGACAAUAUCGAGGUGGAUUAUCGUGGAUACGAAGUUACCGUUGAGAAUUUUAUUCGCCUUUUGACCGACAGGGUCGGCGACGAGAUGCCAAGGAGCAAGAGGUUAUUGACCGAUGAUCGGAGCAACAUUCUCGUCUACAUGACCGGACAUGGCGGCAAUGAGUUCUUAAAGUUCCAAGAUGCGGAGGAGAUUGGUGCAUAUGACCUUGCGGACGCCUUUGAGCAGAUGUGGGAGAAGAAGAGGUACCACGAGAUUCUCUUCAUGAUUGAUACUUGCCAAGCCAAUACCAUGUACAGCAAGCUCUAUUCCCCAAAUAUUAUUGCCACCGGCUCAUCGGAACUCGAUCAAUCCUCGUACUCGCAUCAUGCCGAUAACGAUGUCGGCGUUGCCGUCAUCGACCGAUUCACGUACUAUAACCUCGAAUUCCUCGAAAAUCAAGUUCAGGAUAUGAGCAGCAAGAAAACUGUUGGCGAUCUAUUUGAUAGCUACGACAUUAGCAAGAUCCACUCCAACCCUGGCUUCCGCUACGAUCUGUUCCCUGGCGGCGCGAACGCGGCCCGGAGCCGUCUAAUUACCGACUUCUUCGGCAACGUACAGAGCGUCGAAGUCCAGGGCGCCACGAACAGCACUCUUGAUGAGGAUCUGUUGUCUUUGAGCAGGACCAUUGCUGAAUUACGGAGAAGGGCCGACGAGCAGGAUGCCGCGGAGAAGAAUAUCACGGGUCCGGCACUACAGCCCGCCGUUGCGAAGCAGAACGUGAGGGUGCCGCUGGCGAAGCCCCUAACAGAUGACAACUGGUGGACGAAGAAGAUCUAUGGUGCUACUGCUGUUGCGGGAUGCGCUCUUCUUUGGGGUCUGAGUUCAUAUUUGGAGAGUGCGGUCUAA